AUGAGCGUCGUGCAAGUUGGCAGUUAUGGAGCCGGCGAGGAGGCCGCCAACUGCGCCAGACAAGACGGCUGCCGUGUAGAAGAGGGCGAAGCGCUUGCCGAGCUCGGCGGGCGUGUACCAGCAGCUCAGCAGGUAGAGAACGCCCAGGAAGACGCAGCCGAGGACGAAGCGGAGGGCGAGCAGGGCGCCGCGGCUCUUGGCGGCGGCCAUGGCGACGAGCAUGAUGGACGGCAGGAAGACGGAGGGCCGGCGCGGUAUAAUAUACUGUUGCCCAGGUUACACAAGGAUCUGAGACUGACUUUUGUACGCCCCCCCUGCACACACACCACGUGCCUGAGAAAAAACCCCGACCCCAACGCCUCAUUCACCUCGAGAAGUCAAUCUGCCAAGAAUCAGCAAAUGGAUUCCAAAACUGCGACGCGAAUCCUGUCUCAAGAUGCAUACUCCGUCACUCUGAAUGGCCUUGGUAUCAAACAGGCGUACGGUGCACAACUGCCCUCCAAUUCUCCUUGCGAAGAUCGUUACAAUCGCGCUCAGUCGGUCCCCCUCUGGCAGGACGAGAAAUGGGUUGGUGUUACGAUCUUCGAUGGCCACAACGGGUGCCAGACUGCAGAGCACCUCGAGAAGGAACUCCUGAAGGCGGUGCAGGCUAAAUUGAACACACUCGAGCCCGAGUCACGAAAUGACGAAGCAAUCCAGCACGCAAUUCAAGCGACGUUUACAGAGGUUGAUAAAGCCAUCAUUACAGACUAUACCCAACUCGCUCGAAAUAAGGAAAUGGCUCUUGCGGAAAAGGUGCCCUAUAUGGAGGUUGCGAUGGCCGGCUCGUGCGCCCUGCUCGUGCUUUACAACCCCAAGACAAAGACUAUAUAUACCGCUUGCACGGGCGACUCGAGGGCCGUUCUCGGACGACAGAAUGCCGAUGGUACUUGGCAGGUAGUGCCACUCUCAGAGGAUCAAACCGGCGCCAAUGAAUCCGAGGCAGCAAGAGUCCAAGCAGAACACCCAAACGAAGAGGUUGUGAAGAAAGGGAGGGUUCUAGGCCUAGGUAUUUCCCGCUCCUUUGGAAACUUUCGAUUGAAAUCGACACACGAGGACCAGGAUGAGUUUGGCAUGAGGUUUCUCCAAGGGGGGGCGCUGCCAAAGGACGACAUCCCGACACCGCCGUACAUCAUCGCCACCCCCGUGGUGACGGUCACCAAGCUCGACGACCGCCCGUCCUUUGUCGUCUUGGCAUGCGACGGCAUAUGGGACAACUGCGAAAACUACGAGGUGGUUGAUCUCGUCGUGCGGUGGCUGGAGGCGCUGCCGGAACGCACGCUCGCGGACAUGGGUUGGACGCUGCGGCUGACGCCGGAGACGGUGUGGUGGAAGAAGGAGCCGCCGGCGCCGGCCGACUACCCGCCGGGCUUUGACUUUCUCGAGCGCUGGAACAAUGUGGAUGUCCGCUUCCGGCAGGAGAGGGCCGUCAUCGAGGACCUCGACAAUGUCGCCGUGCACAUCCUGCGCAACGCCUGCGGCGGCAACCAUUGGGAGCUGCUGAGGGCGAGGCUCACGUACAGGCCGCCGUUCUCGCGAUAUGUGCGGGAUGACUUGACGGUCCAGGUCCUGUUCUUCUAA